CUGCACCGUCCCGGUGGCCUCACUGGUGCUGCGUGUUCCGGCGCCGGGACUGGGCAGGGCUGGGGUUUCUGGGCUGCGUAGGUGGCUGCAAGCAAAGAGGGAGAGUCAAAAAGUCCCCUUGGUGACUUCCUUCCUGCCCACAGCGUCUCUGAGCAGCCAGGGACUUCCUGACGAGGGAGGGGGAGAGGGGUGGGGGGCCUCCAAGGAGCCACCCAAAGGAGCCCAGGCGCAGGAGAGGGGCACCCCGCUUGGCCGGGGGCACCCCGCUGAUCCCACCAGGUGCCGCGGUGCCGCAGGGAUGGGUGCUGAGCAUCCUGCCCCUUAUCCUGUCCCAUGCUGCCCCCCUGACCGCGGUGCUGUCCCCAUGCACCUUGCGCUCCCCCCGCCCCGCUCGCAGCCCCCCAGGGUGGUCUCAGCCCCCCUCCAUUUGGGAGCUGGGUGCCCAGCCCCGGUGCCAUGCGGUUCCGCAGGCAGCCGCCGGCGGAUGUGGGGGGAUCCAGCCGCCGCCCUUCGUUGUUUUGUUUUUUUUUUCCCUUUCUGCUGCUCAAAAAGCACGUCAGGGAGCAGGGUCCUGCCUCCUGGGGACAAGGCCACCGGGGAUGCUUUGUCACUGCAGCCAGACCCUGGGGACCAGGGACCCUGCGCCGUGCCGGGGCACGAGGAACUGCCCCGUGGUGGCACCGAGCCGCUCCUUGGAGGGCACGUUGCCUGGUCCUGGCUCUGUCUCCAAGGCUGGGGCUCUUCCUGGGUCACAGCCCCGCUGUUUAAGGUGUGGGGACAACCUGUCUGGGAUGGGACAAAGCAGCGCUUGUGCCUGGGAAUGAGGAAGCUGGACCAGACCCAGUGUUCCUGCACCCCAGAGGGCAGAGCUACCACCCCGGUCCCCACGCUCAGGCCACCAGCGCUUGGCCUUGGACUCAGGGCCGGAUCCUGCACGUCGCGGUGCUGAGUGGCCGGGACCUGGGUGGGUGGCAGGGAAGGGGUUAUCACCACGGCCCCCGCCGGCUCCACGUCCCUCCCCGGUGCCUAAUCCUGCCUCCUGCCUGGCCCCGUGGCCAGCCCCUCGCCCCUCCGGCACAGCAGCGCCCGCCGAGCCCGCGGCAGCCUCGGCGCUCAGCCCCGCGCCGGCCGGAUCCUGGCCAAGUCCUCGGGGGAGCUGCCGGUGAGGAAGGUGCUUUUGCUGGGUAAAGGUUUAGCUUGGGUUUGUUUUGUCCCCGUCUGGAGAUAACUGGUGCUCAGGCAAAGCCCCUCCUCCUGUUUGCGCUGGGUUUGGGGGAUUGCUGCGUCCCGGCCGUGUCCUUCGGGUGCAGGACGACGGGCGGCCGACUUGCUCGGGCGCGGGUAGGACUGGGGAGUGCAGCGCUCAUCCCCCUGCGUGCUCUGGCUCUGGAGGUAUUUGGGGUGCUCUCCUCGCUGAGCCGGGGCUGACCCCUUUGCGCAGCCCUCGCCGGGAUGGGGACGGGGUCGGGGCCGCGGCGAUGUUUUGCUUCAUGCUUGCCUUAAACCUCGAUAAUUGCCCCAGGUUUUCUCCCGCUCCAGUUUGGCUGCUCCUGGGACGCACCGGGACCGCCGUGCCCUGUCCCGGCCGCGUGUCCCCGUCCUCGCUCCACGUCCCCGUGUGCCUGCAGGUGCCCGGUGGGGGCUGUCCCCCCCCCACAGCCACCACGCUGGCCCCGCUGGAGAGCCUGGAGGUGUGGGUGCCGGAGCCCCUCACCUUCAGCCUCUGGGACUACGGGGUCUUCGGGCUGAUGCUGCUGGUCUCCACGGGCAUCGGGCUCUUCCACGGCCUCUCCAAGGGCGGCCAGAAGACCUCGGAGGACUUCUUCACGGGCGGCCGGCGGAUGGCGGCGGUGCCGGUGGGGCUCUCGCUCUCGGCCAGCUUCAUGUCGGCCAUCCAGGUGCUGGGGGUGCCGGCCGAGGCGUACCGCUACGGCUCCAAGUUCCUCUGGAUGUGCCUGGGGCAGCUGCUCAACACCCUGCUCACCGCCCACCUCUUCCUGCCCGUCUUCUACCGCCUGGGGCUCACCAGCACCUACGAGUACCUGGAGCGGCGGUUCAGCAGGCGCGUGCGGCUCUGCGGCACCGUGCAGUACAUAGCGGCCACGGUGCUGUACACAGGGAUCGUCAUCUACGCCCCCGCCCUGAUCCUCAACCAAGUGACCGGCUUGGACAUC